AUGGGGUAUACGUCGACAUUAAAAUUUGUUAACCUGGGCGUUAAGAGGAGAUUAUUUCGAAGAGCCCAUAAACAACCACAUCACAAAUGGGACAGCAUAAAAAAUCAGUUGAAUGAAUUAUUAAAAUAUGGACGAAUUGAAACAACAUUAACAAAAGCUAAGGAAUUGCAAGGAUAUGCAGAAGAAUUAAUAUAUUUAGCAAAAAAAGAUAAUGUACAGAAUAAUUUAAAAGUCGAAAGUAUGUUAAGAACAGCGCAAGGAAGAAGAAAGUUAUAUGAAUACUACGUACCAUUAUAUAGACAUAGACCUUUUUUUUUCACAAGAAUAGUCAAUCAAUGGAGAUUACGCUUAAGGGAUGCAGCACCAAUGGCAUUUAUAGAAUUUAUUGAUAGACCAGGAGAAUUAAGACCUGCACAGCCUGUUGGGUAUGAUAGAAUAAAAUAUAUAUAUGAUGAAAUGAAAAGAAAUAGAAGAAAUUUUAGAAAAUAUUUUCAUAUUGCAAAAAAGUUCAAUUUACUGGAUGAUAACGAUCAACUUAUUUCAAAUUUUAACAAUUCUGAACUCGUUAAGAAAGAUUUGUGGCUAAGCGAUGAUGAAGAGGAAAUAAUUAUUGAUGCCGAAUUAAUAGAAAAAUAUAAACAAUUUGGUGAGCCCAUGUUAGCAGGACCUAUAAGGGGACGAGAACCCUUUUAUGUUGAUUUACCUAUGCCAAGUCUUGUAGAGAAAGAGUUUUUAAAUUACAGAAAGAAAUUUAAACCGUAA